AGGAGUGAGGAAGAAAAGAAAAGCAUUAAAAUAGGAAACGAAAGUUAAUCGUAAAGGGAAAAUUUUUUUGGUUUCUCCUCGAAUGUCGAAGAACGCGUCAAAGAAAAUAAUUCGCGCGUGGACUAUCGCAAACGAGAGCGCUCGCACGAUCACAGAGAAAAUUAUUUACGUAUCGUGAGUGAGUGUGGAGGACGCUUUAAAACAGGUUGCCCGUGUUAGAUAUGGACAAAUAAAAGUUUUAGGAGGUCGAAGAAACGAAAAGAAACAAAAGAAAAAAAAAGAAAGAAAGAAAGAAAGAAAGAAAAAGGAAAGAGUGACGACGAAAGGACGACGAUUCGAGAAUAAAAAGAAAAGUGAUGGGAAAUUUUUCGUGUGCGGUGUAUUUAGACACUUAUUUGUGACCGCGUGAUAUCGCAUCGAAAAGUGACGUAACAUAAAAACGAACUGUACCCAUCGUGACAUCCAACUCGUCAUCGUUAUUGUUGUUAUCGUCAUCGUCGUUGUCGUCAUAGUCGUCAUCGUUGUUAUCGUCAUCACUGUUGUCGUCGUCGUCGUCCUCGUCGUCGUCGUCCUCGUCGACGCGUUUAUUUGUCGAAAUACAGCUCGUCCCGACGUUUCUCGACGUCGGUCGGGUCCCAAAAGAACACACGACUAUAAGCCAACGAUAAUUCAUAAUUUGGAUGUUCUAAGGAAAAAAAGAUGAAUUAUGACCCUUACGAGCAGCCCGUGUGAGCUAGACAACAUGAGCUUGUUUCAAGACCUCAAGUUGAAAAGGAGAAAGGUCGACUCCCGAUGUAGUAGCGACGACUCCCCGGUAUCCCUCGGAUCAGCAGGCUCGCCGCUCGGGAUCCAGCCGGCGGACGCACCUUCACCCAUAAACUUUCCUGCUCCAGGGGAGAGCAUGGCGGAUACCUCGACCCUGUCGCCAGACGCCAACAUGCCAGGCUCGCCGGACUGUCCCAUGGUCAAAGUGAAGAGCGAGUACGUCCUGGGCAGCCCGAGUCCAGGAACACCUCGAGAUCCUUUGCGAGUCACUGCCAUGAGCGGUGGUGGAAGUGGUAGUGGAGGUGGAGGAAGUAAUGGCGGAGUUGCUGGUAAUGCUGGAGGAGGAGGAGGUGUAGGAGGUGGUCAGGAAUUACGCGAAACAACGUGCUCGGACCGUGCUUCGCCUGAUUCGGUCUUCCCAGAUGCUGGAAGCAUGGUGGGAUUUAGGGUUAUCGAGGAACAGCAGCAGCAGCAACACCAUCACCAGCAGCAGCAGCAGCAGCAGCAGCAGCAGCAACAACAGCAACAUCAUCACCAACAGCAGCAACAGCAGCAGCAGCAGCAGCAGCAACGUUCCAGCACACCAGCACCAAACAGAUCCUCACCUUACUCACCCGUUCAAGCUGUCUCCACGACCCCAAUGCCUCUAGAACCGUCCUCAAGGAGCGAGAGUCCCGACAAGGGUGAUCUUUCGUCUGUCCAAAUGAAAGAGGAGUCCGACAAUUCGGUCUUCGACGGUGGAGGUGGCGGUGGCGGUGGUGGUGGCGGUGGUGGCGGCAGCGGCGGUGUUGGAGGGAAUUCCGGCGUUCGUACGGACACGUCCAGCCAGCCUAGUCACCGAAACAGUCCGUCGUCGCAAUACAAUCCGAACCAGAGCAUGAGUCCUACCGGUGGUUCGGCUCACGUCUCUCAACAGCAGCAGCAACAGCCGCAGCAGGCAUCACCAAGGGCGCGAGCGCCAUCGGUACCGCCUCAUCUCCUGGCUCAUCAUCAAUUCUGGUCACAAAAUUCCGGCGUACAGGGAUUUGCCACGCAAAGGCUAUUGAACGGCGUAAUAAGUAGUGCCGUUAGUUAUGGACAAAAUGUUGCGACCGUUUCCACCAGUAGCUGCACUACUUCUAGUAGUAGUACGGGAACUGGUAAUAGCGGUGGUGGAACUUCCGGAAAUACGGGGGCAACCACAACGUCGUCUUCGUGCGAAGGAAUGAAACCACCGGCUCAAAGACCAGCCCCAGCACCACCCAGACCACCGCCCACGGUGAUCAUGGGAGAAAUCGGUGGCGUUAGGACUAUGAUAUGGUCAACGCCACCUUUGGACCCUGUACCACCACCCGCGGCUUCGUGGACCGCCACAGCCGCGGCUGCCUCUUGUUCCUCUUCCGAGGAAUCGGCGGCACAACUUCUCCUAAACCUCGGACAAGAGUCCAGAGGGAAACCACCUUCCGUUUCCUAUUCGUCCGGACCACCCCUCAACAUGGAGAGGCUAUGGGCCGGCGAUUUAACGCAACUGCCGGCUGCCCAGCAGAUGCAAGCCCUCAAUCUCACGGCAUCAGGCUCCAGUCAGCCUUGGGUGAGGAACGGCGGGGUCGUCAAGUCCGAGGCGGCCUCGCAAUCAAUGUCGGUCGCACCACCUGCCCCACCGUUACCGCCUCAAGAACACGAGGAAGACGAAACGCCCAUGAUCUGCAUGAUCUGCGAGGAUAAAGCCACGGGAUUGCAUUAUGGCAUUAUCACGUGCGAGGGGUGCAAAGGUUUCUUCAAAAGGACUGUACAAAAUAGGCGGGUGUAUACGUGUGUAGCAGAAGGUGGCUGCGAAAUCACAAAGGCACAGAGAAACAGGUGUCAGUACUGCCGCUUUAAAAAGUGUAUCGAACAGGGUAUGGUCUUGCAAGCCGUUAGAGAAGACCGGAUGCCUGGCGGAAGAAAUUCCGGUGCGGUCUAUAAUCUCUAUAAGGUUAAAUACAAGAAGCAUAAGAAGAGCAACAAAGGAAGUGGGAUGAGCGGUGGGAACAUGGGUGGCAUGGGUGGCGGCGGUAACGUUGGUGGUGUGAACGGGUCGGGAUCCCUUGGUGCCAAUAAAGGUACCAUGGGCCCGACGAUGUUGGACAAACACAUGGUAGCAGCUGCGGCUGCGCAUCACAGUCAGCAACAGCACGCACAGCUCGCUGGUAGCUUCCUUCAUCAUCACAAAAUUUCGUCGGGCGAUCCGCUCAACUCGCAACCUACUCCCAGCCAUCCAAGUCACCCUGCCCAUUCGGGCCACCUCGUCAAUGGAACGAUCCUGAAGACUGCUUUGACCAACCCUUCUGAGGUGGUACACCUACGGCAGAGGCUAGAUAACGCCGUUAGUAGUUCGAGGGAUAGAGCAUUUCCUUUGGACGCGACCCUCGCUAUGAUUCAAACGCUCAUAGAUUGCGACGAGUUCCAAGAUAUUGCUACGUUAAGGAACUUGGACGAGCUGCUGGACCAUAAAUCAGAUUUAAGUGAGAAGCUGUGUCAAAUAGGAGACAGCAUAGUGUACAAGUUGGUGCAGUGGACCAAAAGGUUACCGUUUUACCUUGAGCUGCCGGUUGAAGUUCACACGAGGCUGCUCACUCAUAAGUGGCACGAACUCCUCGUGCUGACCACCUCCGCUUAUCAGGCGAUGCACGGUCAGCACAAGUUCACCAAUGUGGCCUCGGAUGAGACGGGCGCGGAUUUUAUGCAAGAAGUUUCCAACAACAUGUAUACGCUGCAAACGUGCCUAACUAGCAUGAUGGGCCGACCGAUAACCAUGGACCAAUUACGGCAAGACGUAGGGCUCAUGGUGGAAAAAAUAACUUAUGUCACGCUUAUGUUCAGGCGGGUGAGGCUACGGAUGGAGGAAUAUGUCUGUCUAAAAGUGAUCACCAUGCUCUCGCAAGAUGCAAAAUCACGAGGAGGUACACUGGAGUUAGAACAGAUACAAGAACGGUACAUGAGCUGUCUGCGAAGUUUCGUCGAACACAGUGCGCCACAGCAACCAGGUCGAUUUCACGAUCUUCUCGUCAGGUUGCCGGAAGUACAAUCAGCGGCAGCUCUACUUCUCGAGAGUAAAAUGUUCUACGUUCCUUUCCUAUUGAACUCAGCAAUUCAAAGAUAGUAAAUAAAAAAGCUGACGAUAAACGAAGCUAAAUUACCUAUAUACAUACUAUACAUACAUACAUAUACAUAUUAUACAUAUAUAUAUACAUAAAAAGAAGAGGUCAAAAAGAACCCGACACAAGACACGAGAAAGAGAGAGGAAGAGAGAGAGAAAAAAGCAAACAAAGAAACGAAAAACCCCGUAAAAAUGGACUCGGACAUAGAGAGAUAGAAGGGGGAAAUGCUUUGUUUGUGUAUGUAUGAUAUAAUUAUAAAAAGUAUAUAUAUAUAUAUACAUAUAAAUAAUAUAAAUAAUAAUAUAAAUGUGUGUGUUCGUUGCGUUGUACAAAACGAAAGAGGAUAAAAUGUGAGGGAGAGAAAGAGAGAGAGAGAAAGAGAGAGAGAGAGAGAGAGAGAGAGAGAGAGAGAGAGGUUCCAAGGAAAAGGGAUGAAUAAAAG